AUGGCAUAUACGACGUAUACGGAUAAGGGCCCAAAGCCAAACGGUGGAAAAUUUUUACAUUUCGACCACGUGGUGUUCUGGGUUGGAAAUGCAAAACAGGCUGCCAGCUAUUAUAUUUUAAGAUUAGGUUUCGAACCAUUAGCUUACAAAGGAUUAGAGACUGGAAAUCGAAAAUAUGCAGCUCACGUUGUUCGGCAAAACAAGAUCAUAUUUGAAUUUCAAUCUGCAUACGAACCAGACGACCCAGAAAUGGGUCCAUUUUUGGUUAAACAUGGUGAUAGUGUGAAAGAUGUUGCCUUUUCAGUUGAAGAUUUAGAUACAAUAGUCAGGCGUGCUAAGGAACGUGGAGCAAAAAUUGUACGUGAUAUUUGGGAAGAAACUGAUGAAUUUGGUGUUAUUCGAAGAGCUACAGUUCAAACUUAUGGUGAUACAGUUCACACGUUUGUAGAUCGUUCACAAUAUAAAGGAGAUUUCUUACCAGGAUAUCGUCCACAAAAACAAGAUCCUUUAGGAUGGAAAUUACCAACAACUUACCUAAAUUUUACUGAUCAUGUUGUUGGAAAUCAACCUGAUUUACAAAUGGAAGAUGCCGCCAAAUGGUAUGAAACUAAUUUAAUGUUUCAUCGUUUCUGGUCCGUUGACGAUACGCAAUUACAUACAGAAUAUUCAGCAUUGAGAUCGAUUGUAAUGACCAAUUAUGAAGAAACAAUUAAGAUGCCAAUAAAUGAACCAGCGCCUGGGAAAAAGAAAAGUCAAAUCUCUGAAUAUGUUGAGUACAAUGGGGGUGCUGGAGUUCAACACAUUGCUUUGAAUACGUCAAACAUAAUCACAGCUGUUGAAAAUCUAAAAGCAAGAGGUGUAGAAUUUUUAACGAUCCCUGACACAUACUACGAUAUGUUAAAACAACGACUUGCUGUUAGUAAAGUCAAAAUCGCAGAAGAUAUGGAUGUUUUACAAAAAUUAAAAAUUUUGGUCGAUUAUGAUGAAAAUGGAUAUUUAUUACAAAUUUUCAUGAAAAAUAUGCAAGAUAGACCAACAUUUUUCAUUGAAGUCAUACAAAGAUAUAAUUUCGAUGGUUUUGGAGCUGGUAAUUUCCAAGCAUUAUUCGAAGCAAUUGAAAUUGAACAAAAUCUACGAGGGAAUUUAUAAAA